AAGUCGGAGUUCAGCACCGAAUCCCAGAGAAUUGCUCGUCACUCCCGUCGAAGAUAGUCGAAGAGGAUAGAGAAGAAGGAGAAGGUAGCACGAAGAAGAAAUCAGUCGAAACAAACCCGGCAAAUCACCCUUUUUUCGCCAUGGAGUCGAUAAAGUUGGUGGAAUUAACAAAACACCUGGAUAAGAUCAAUAUUCCGCGUGCCGGCGACAGGAUAUACAAGGACGAGUGCGUUUACUCCUUCGAUACGCCAGAUACGGCUACCGGUCUCUACGUCAGCCUCACCACUUUCAUAGGCCUCGGACGGGAGCAUGUCGCCCGGUAUUACGAGAAUACCGGCAAUUCCGUUUACCUUCACAUUAAACGUACUAAGAAGGAGAUUCCAUCUGAGGAACAGGGAGAUGGGCCUGAAAAGAAAAUCACACGGCUGGCAAUAGGAACAGUCGGUGGAUUCAUGCCUGAUCAGCAGAAGUACGUCUAUGAGGAGACCUACCAAAUAGUCAUUCUACCUGAUUUUCUUACUAUUCCCUAUCCCACAAGUGAUUUGCCAGAAAAGGUGGAACAUGCAAUUAAGACUAUGUUACAAAUGGAGGGUGCAUGGGCAGUGGCACAAGUAGAAGCUGUAGCCAAUAUGUGGGAUGGAGAAGUCAGAGCAGAAUCAAAACACGCCGCGAAUUUGAAGCAACUUGACAACGGUAAGAAAAUCCCACCGAAUGGUUGGAAGUGUGAGAAAUGUGAUCUCACGCAGAAUCUCUGGCUCAAUCUGACCGAUGGCAGCGUGCUCUGCGGCCGUAAAUUCUAUGAUGGAAGCGGCGGCAAUGGCCACGCAGAAGAGCAUUAUCGCGCAACCGGUUAUCCUCUGGCCGUGAAGCUAGGUACGAUCACGAAGGGCGGCAAGGCCGACGUGUUCUCGUACGACGAGGACGACAUGGUGGACGAUCCGAAUUUAGCAGUGCAUCUGUCGCAUUGGGGUAUUAAUAUCGCACAAAUGGAGAAAACCGACAAGUCGAUGAUCGAACUGGAGUUAGAUUUGAAUCAAAAGUUCGGCGAGUGGGUGUCCCUUCAGGAAGCGGCCAGCAAAUUGACACCUUUAUAUGGUCCUGGCUAUAUCGGGCUAACCAAUUUGGGGAAUUCCUGUUAUCUGAACAGCAUUAUGCAAAUGCUGUUCAUUAUUCCUGAUUUCGUCAAAAGAUACGUGGAAAGAGCGUCAACAAUAUUUGCCAGUAAUUACAAUGACCCGGCGUUGGAUCUUAAUGUUCAAAUGGCGAAAUUGGGUGUCGGCUUACUCUCUGGCAAAUACUCGGAUCAACCGAGCAAAUCGGAGGACGAAUCGCGGCAAGGUAUUCCACCGCGGAUGUUCAAGGUCUUAAUUGGUCGCGGACAUGCCGAUUUUUUCUCGAAUCGGCAACAAGACGCUCAGGAAUUCCUCCUUUACCUAAUUAAUUUACUCAGUCGGAGCAAUCGACACGAGGUAUGCCCCACGGAAUGCUUUAAAUUUAAAGUUGAAGAGAGAUACCAGUGUGGCAAGUCCAACAAAGUUAAGUACACCAAUCGACCGGAGUAUAUCCUGCCACUUCCAAUACCGUUGGAAGCAGCGGUAAAUAAGGACGAGGUAGCUGCAUAUGAAGCUCAGAAGAAGGAAGCUGAAGCGAAAGGACAGAAGUUAGAUUCCAGUACUCUUGUGAGACCUCGUAUAAAAUUGUCGUCAUGUCUCGAAAGUUUUAGUCGCACGGAAAUUGUGGAACAAUUUUACAGUUCGGCAUUAAACGAGAAGACGAUAGCACACAAAACUACCAGAUUAGCCAGCUUCCCAGAUUACUUGCUGAUUCAUCUGAAAAAAUUCACGGUGAAGGAAGACUGGACGCCUAUCAAGCUGGACGUAGCAGUUGAGAUGCCGGACACAGUAGAUCUGAGCUUCCUACGCGGCAACGGUUUGCAAUCCGGCGAGGAACUAUUGCCGGACGGUGUAACACCGCCAUCGCCCGUCUAUGACGCGGUUCUCCUAAAGGAACUGAUAGACAUAGGUUUUCCACCAAACGCAUGCAAGCGAGCUCUGUACUUCACAGAAAAUCGUAGCCUUCAAGCUGCUACCAAUUGGGUGAUGGAGCACAUCGCGGAUUCCGAUUUCGACGAUCCAUUUGUGCCACCUGGAGUCGACGCUAAGUUUGCCAAGGAUAAAUUUGUGCCGGAUCAAGCUGCUUUGGAGAUGGUAAUGGGGAUGGGCUUUACGCGGGAGCAAGCGACAAAAGCACUUAAAGCUACCAACAAUAAUUUAGAACGUGCAGCUGAUUGGAUUUUCAGUCACCAACCCGAACUUGACGCUCCUGAAACGGACAGUAACCCGGCGCCAGCAAAGGAUUCAUUUAGAGAUGGAAGCAGUCGGUAUAAACUGGUAGGUUUUAUAUCACAUAUGGGCACAUCAACAAUGGUAGGCCAUUACGUUUGUCAUUUACUGAAGGAAGAUCGAUGGGUGAUAUUUAACGAUGAAAAAGUGGCUUUAUCGGAAAACCCGCCGAAAGAGUUAGGAUACAUUUACAUGUAUCAACGGAUUGACUAGUGUAACUGCUGUUUUUUUUUUGUAUAAAAAUGUUGCUUUUCAACAAUAAAAGAAAUAAUACAAACGCUUUUCAUAUUA